UCAACCGAAGGCGAACCAUGUGUGGCACACUGGAUUACCUUCCACCUGAGAUGGUGGAGAGUAUAGAACAUGAUGCGAGCGUGGAUAUAUGGAGUCUUGGUGUCCUGUGCUAUGAGUUUCUAUAUGGAGUCCCCCCUUUUGAGGCUAAAGAACAUUCUGAUACUUAUAGGAGGAUUGUACAAGUGGAUCUCAAGUUCCCCCCAAAACCCAUUGUGUGUCUUCUGCUGCAAAGGACCUCAUCAGUCAGAUGCUGGUCAAGGACUCUUCUCAACGUCUACCUUUACACAAACUUCUUGAACACCCUUGGAUUGUUUAGAAUGUGGAGCCUUCUGGUGUAUAUAGGGGCUAAAAAAGCCCUAUCAAAUUCUUUGUAAUUUUAGCAGUCAUUCUUUGAUUGAGAGAUUUAAAUGGCAUACCUUCUUAACUUUUGCCUAUUACUUCCUAUGUUUCAAAAUAAAGGUUGUUUU